AGUUUCCUGGUUGAUGCUGCAGAGAAAAGUGAACAGUCACACAGACAAUCAUCCUAAAAGAAGAAGCGGAUUGAUGUUUCUGUCUGUCAAACUGCUGUUGGUCUGAAGAAUGGAGGGAACAUCUGUCCAGAUGCUGCUGGCUCUGAGCUCCCUGCUGUGCUGCACAACAAACCAAAUUGGUGUGACUGUGAGUCCCAGCAGAUCUCAGUUCUUUAAAGGAGAAUCAGUGAUUCUGAACUGUGAGGACGACAGCUCUGCAGGAAGGACUCUGAGAAGAAACACCAGCAGAGGAACCAGGACUCAGUGUGGAUCUGUGUGGGGAUCAGGAGAUGGUUUGUCCUGUGAGAUCAGCUACAUGUACCCAUGGGACAGUGGUGUGUACUGGUGUGAGUCCAGAGGGGGAGGAGCCAGCAGCAUGGUGGUUAACAUCAGUGUCUCUGGUGGAUCAGUGAUCCUGCAGAGUCCUGUCCUCCCUGUGAUGGAGGGUCAUGACCUCACUCUGAGCUGUCAAUCAAAGACCCCUCCCUCCAACCCCUCAGCUGCUUUCUAUAAAGAUGGCUCCCUCAUCAGGACUGAGCCUACAGGUCACAUGACCCUCCAGCAUGUUUCCAGGUCUGAUGAAGGUCUCUACAAGUGUCACAUCAGGGAUCAUGGAGGGUCUCCAUCCAGCUGGAUCUCUGUCUCAGAGAGACCCACAGAAGCCCCGCCCCCUGCCUCAACUCCUCUUCCUCUUGUGUUGAGAGUGUGUCUCCACCUGGUGGUGAUCAGUCCGUUCAUCAUCUCCACUCUCCUUCUGGUGUCUUUAUGUCCACAAAGAGCCUCAGGAAGUGACCCGUCUGUCUCCAUGGUGAUGACCCAGCACUCACAUGCUGAGCAGGGAUUGGCUGAGGACUAUGAUGACAUCAUCACAUCUGGAACCACAGAGCAUCAAUUCUGAAUUGAUUGUCUUGAUUUUUUUUUUUUUUAGAAUCUCGAAAUAUUUUUGCUUUUCAGGCUUCUGUAUUCAGUUUCAUUUUUUCAUUUCUAUAAAAGAUUAUUAUGAAGAAUUAUUAUAAAGAAUAUUAUUUUAAUAAACUUUUUUUGUGCAGAAUAUUGCAGAUUUGUUUUGAAAUGUGAUUGUUCACAUCUUUAAAUAAAACAUUUUAUUUUG